GCACUACGUGAAAAACCUUGAGUCAAAAUGAUCGCUACCUAGACAUCUGCAGCUACAGGAACUAUUAGCAAUGCAGUGUUUGGAGAUGACAACCAAAAGGAAAAUUAUUGGCCGUCUGGUGCCAUGCCGAUGUUUCCGGGGUGAAGAGGAAAUCAUCUCAGUGCUAGAUUACUCCCAUUGCAGCCUACAGCAGGUGCCAAAGGAGGUUUUCAACUUAGAACGGACAUUAGAGGAGCUUUACCUAGAUGCCAAUCAAAUUGAAGAUCUGCCUAAGCAAUUGUUCAACUGUCAAGCUCUACGUAAACUGAGUAUACCAGACAACGACCUUUCAAGCCUGCCAACCACUAUUGCUAGUUUAGUUAAUCUCAAGGAACUUGACAUCAGUAAAAAUGGGAUUCAAGAUUUUCCAGAAACUAUAAAGUGCUGUAAGUGUUUAACAAUUAUUGAAGCCAGUGUCAAUCCAAUUUCUAAGCUGCCAGAUGGUUUCACGCAGCUUCUAAACUUGACCCAGCUCUACCUAAAUGAUGCCUUUCUGGAGUUUCUUCCAGCUAACUUUGGAAGACUUGUCAAAUUGCGUAUCUUGGAGUUAAGAGAAAAUCAUUUGAAAACUCUACCAAAGUCAAUGCACAAACUGACACAGCUGGAGAGGCUUGACCUAGGCAAUAAUGAGUUCUCUGAGCUGCCUGAAGUUCUGGAACAAAUACAAAACCUAAAGGAAUUGUGGAUGGACAAUAAUUCACUUCAGAUGCUACCUGGGUCUAUAGGGAAGUUAAAGCAGUUGGUGUACCUGGAUAUGUCAAAAAACAGGAUAGAAACUAUUGACUUGGAUGUAUCAGGAUGUGAAGCACUUGAAGAUCUCCUAUUGUCAUCCAAUAUGUUACAACAACUGCCAGACUCUCUAGGAUUGUUGAAAAGGCUUACAACACUAAAAGUAGAUGACAAUCAGCUUACAGUACUGCCCAAUGCAAUUGGAAAUUUAUCUCUAUUAGAAGAAUUUGAUUGCAGCUGUAAUGAACUGGAGUCCCUACCUUCUACCAUUGGUUACCUUCAUAGCCUGCGGACAUUAGCUGUGGAUGAGAAUUUCCUGUCUGAAUUGCCUAGAGAAAUUGGAAGCUGUAAGAACGUAACAGUUAUGUCCCUACGCUCUAACAAGCUAGAAUUUCUUCCUGAUGAGAUUGGUCAGAUGCAGAAGCUGAGAGUGUUAAAUCUGAGUGAUAACAGACUGAAGAAUUUACCAUUCACUUUUACUAAGCUUAAAGAACUUGCAGCUUUGUGGCUAUCUGACAACCAGUCCAAGGCCCUUAUCCCUCUGCAAACUGAGGCCCAUCCAGAAACAAAGCAAAGAGUACUGACUAACUACAUGUUUCCCCAGCAACCCCGCGGUGAUGAAGAUUUCCAGUCAGACAGCGAUAGCUUUAACCCUACAUUAUGGGAGGAGCAGCGACAGCAGCGGAUGACUGUAGCCUUUGAAUUUGAAGAAAAAAAGGAAGAGGAGGAAAAUGCAGGAAAAGUUAAGGUUGAAAUAAAUCUAAAACGUUAUCCAACUCCAUACCCAGAAGAUUUAAAGAACAUGGUAAAAUCUGUUCAAAAUCUGGUGGGCAAAACAAGCCUUGGAGUGAGGCCUGAGAACUCAACGCCAGCUGCCAACAGUGAGCAAAUUAUGAAAGAAAAGUAUGAGCACAAGUGGCCUAUGGCAACAAAGGAGAUUUCAGUGGAGGAUUCCUUUGGACACCCUGCUAAUGACAUGAGGAUAGCAGAACUUCGCCCUUCAAUGGCUGAGGCUCCCUUGUACCAACCCAAACUUGUUCUUCUGGGUAAAGAAAAGAAAGAAUCAACAGAUGAAUCUGAAGCAGAUAAAAUCCACUGUCUCAAUAACAGUGUUUCCUCAGGCACUUACUCAGACUACUCACCUUCCCAAGCUUCCUCAGGAUCCUCUAAUGCUCGUGUUAAAAUGGGGUCCUUGCAAACAACUGCCAAAGAAGCAGUGAAUAAUUCUCUGUGGGGUAACAGGCUUGCGCAGUCUUUUCCACAGCCUCUUGAGACAAAGCCAUUACUCAGCCAGCUAGAGUCUGCUCCAGUGGGAAACCUGCAGCAGCGCAAUGAUAGGCAUCCAAUGAGUGACACUUUUGCUGACAGCUGGAAUGAUGCCCCACACUAUGAUAACACAGGGUUUGUUGCAGAGGAGAGCACAGUGGAGAAUCCUAGCACUAACCCUCUCUUAUGCGCUAAAUCUAGAAGCACGUCUGCUCAUGGACGCAGGCCUUUAAUUAGACAAGACAGGAUAGUUGGCAUUCCCCUGGAACUUGAACAGCCUACACUCAGAGACACACCUGAAUCAGAAGUGCCUCCUUCCAAUCCUUGGCAGAAUUGGACCAGAACUCCAAGUCCUUUUGAAGAUAGGACAGCUUUUCCUUCUAAAUUGGAGAGCACCCCCACCACCAGCCCUUUGCCCGAAAGGAAAGAUCAUAUCAAAGAAUCUCCUGAAGCAGCUAGCACUUUUUCUCCAGGAGUAGCCUGGGAGUAUCAUGAUUCAAAUGCUAACAGAAGUCUUAGUAAUGUCUUUUCACAUAUUCAUUGCCGUCCAGAGUCUUCUAAAAGUGUUAUUGCAAUGAGCAAGAGUACAGAGAGGCUUUCCCCAAUGAUGAGAGAUUUAAAAACUAGUAAAUUUAAGAAGUCGCAAAGUAUUGAUGAAAUAGACAUUGGUACAUAUAAAGUUUAUAAUAUUCCAUUAGAAAACUAUGCAUCCCGUAAUGACAAUGCAGGAACCCAUGAAAGACUAGAUAAAAUGAUAGGGCAGGAGCAUGGUAUGUCUAGUAUGUCUCGUAGCCAGUCUGUACCAAUGCUAGAUGAUGAGUUGCUGAGUUAUGGAAGUGUUAAGGUACAGCAGCAGCAAAAGCCUUCUGUUACCAAAAAAGUCUAUCAGUUUGACCAAAGCUUCAAUCCUCAAGGAGCAGUGGAAGUUAAAGCAGAAAAGAGGAUACCACCACCUUUUCAACACAAUCCAGAAUAUGUUCCCCAGCAGAGUAAAAACAUUGCCAAGGAUUUGGUUAGUCCAAGAGCCUAUAGAGGCUAUCCCCCCAUGGAGCACAUGUUUUCAUUCUCUCAGCCUUCAGUUAAUGAGGAGGCUGUUAAUGCUCAGUUCUCAACCCAGGGAUCAAGGUCAGGAUUUUUGAGAAGAGCUGAUUCAUUGGCAAGCUCCACUGAAAUGUCAAUGUAUAGAAGAGUAAGCGAACCUCACGAACUGCCUCAGAGUGAUAGGUAUAGCAGACCUCAGUAUAGAGCAGCUAUGGAACGCCAAAGCAGUAUCUCAGUGUCUGAAACCCAGUUCCUCAAAAGAAAUGGCAGGUAUGAAGAUGAACACCCUUCAUAUCAAGAAGUGAAAGCCCAGUCUGGAAGUUUUCCAGUUAAAAACCUUACACAAAGGAGGCCAUUGUCUGCAAGAAGCUACAGUACAGAGAGUUAUGGUACAUCUCAGACUAGGCCAGUUUCAGCUCGGCCUACAAUGGCAGCUCUAUUGGAAAAGAUACCAUCGGACUAUAACUUGGGUAACUAUGGUGACAAGCCUUCAGAUAACAGUGAUAUAAAGACAAGGCCUACCCCUGUGAAGGGAAAUGAGAGCUGUGCUAAAAUGCCUGCAGACUGGAGACAACAGCUACUUAGACAUAUAGAAGCUAGAAGGUUAGACAGGACCCCAUCACAGCAGAGCAACAUCCUAGACAACGGACAAGAAGAUGUUUCUGCUAGUAGCCAAUGGAAUCCAUAUCCACUUGGAAGGCGGGAUGUGCCACCAGAAACCAUUACUAAAAAGGCAGGUAGCCAUAUCCAGACUUUGAUGGGAUCUCAAAGCCUACAACAUCGGAGUCGAGAGCAGCAAUAUGAAGGAAACAUGAAUAAAGUGACCAUUCAGCAAUUUCAAUCACCACUGCCAAUUCAGAUCCCUUCUUCGCAGAGCUCUAGGGCACCUCAGGCGGGGCGGUGCUUAAUCCAAACCAAAGGGCAGAGGAGUAUGGAUGGUUAUCAGGAGCAGUUUUGUGUGAGAAUAGAAAAGAAUCCUGGCCUUGGAUUUAGUAUCAGUGGUGGAAUAAGUGGACAAGGAAAUCCAUUCAAACCUUCUGAUAAGGGUAUCUUUGUUACUAGGGUUCAGCCUGAUGGGCCAGCAUCCAGCCUGCUCCAGCCUGGUGAUAAGAUCCUUAAGACUUCAGAACCUGGCCAUUGCUUAAAUUCUGGCCAACAAACUUGGGAUGGAUUCUUGAGGGCAGUGAGAACACAUGAAGAGGCAGAUACUUCCUGAUCCCAUUUCAUUGCCAAUCUUCUGUCCUGAAGAAAUAACACAGUCCAUUGUAGAGCAUAUUUAGAAUGUCUGAGGUAUCAAAAGUGAGAUUUUUGUGUGUGUGUUGGGGAAGUUGUUUAGCUUGCCCCAUGAAGAAUGUGUUGGGUCUUUGCAAUAACAUGCAUGCUAUCUGAUAUGGCUCAUGAAUGGGGAACAUUUCUCCUCAAAAAGCCUGCCCUUCCUGGUUUUUUUUUUUUUAAAGUCAGCAUUGAAUUUUUUUAGGAAUGGUGGGAAAAUAAUGGCAAAUAUACAGACCCAAUCUGCCGUAGUUCCCACUGAGUAAAUCAAGUUACAAAUGUUUCAGGGAAAGACAUUGGGCCAGCGCAAAAGAUACAGGGAAACCACAUACUUUGCAGGUGAAGAACUGCUUAUUACUGAAAAAUGUCCCUCCUUUUUCAAGGCCAUUCAGCUGUAGGGACUUUGGGAUUGAUCGUAUUUAAUUUCUCAGUACAGUAGCUCCCUAUCAAUGUUCACCAUCACUAGGUCAGAAAAAUCUCCAGAUUUGACACAGUGUACAGAGCAACAGCAACACAAAGAAUGUCUUUUCCAUUUUCUCUGAGUCCUGACUGGGAGCAGCUGAAAAUAUCCAUUCAGAGCUACAGUGCUUCAUGUCCUGCAUAUGAAGUUUGUGAGUGUUUGUGGUCUCUUGGCUUCCAUUCAAGGCCUCCAAGUUAAAAAUACUCCCCUUCUUAACUGCUGUAAGGAAUGUGACUAAGGCCUGGUCUACACUACACGUUUAA